AAAAAAAUGCUGAAAUAUUAAUAAAUGUAGGCGAACAUGCAAAAAUCAAAUCACAAAAUUGCAAUCCGUAUAUUUUAGGCGGGUCGAAACAUUUUAAAAAGGUGUCAUUUUUUAGUUGAAGGGUUUAUGAGAAGAUUAAGGAAAUUUUGUUUGUUUUGUGACGUGUCGUGGCACGCGCACGCACAGGUGUGUGUCCGCGCGAGGGGGGCGCGAGCGUCUCUGGUCAGUAAACAUGGCCGUCAGAAGCUGCCGGUGGAUACGGGACAGCAGCCGUUUUCUCUAUUUUAUCCCAUUUCUAUUCAUCACCUCAUCAUUAAAUGGAGUUAACGCCGCUCCAGAGAUGGGCAUGUGGACUAUUACAGUGUUUAAUACAUCAAGACCUUUACUGUUAAGAAAAUCCAUGUAUAAGGACACUGACAUUCAAAUGAGAGUGGCAUCGUUUGGUUGCCCAGAGGAAGUGACUUUCACCAUUCGGUGGUUUUUGAAGCAUUACCCAUGUCACAAUGAGUACAACAAUAUUGAAGAAAUGUAUGAGAAGACGCCGCUGAGUCGAGGGAAGAGUAUGGACCCGAACCCUCUCGGACCCGGAGAGUAUAUUCAGCACAGAUACAGGGAACUGUCCUGCCGCAGUGACAUGCACAUCUUCCCCAUGUUCAAUAAAUCAAAAGCAGAACCAAAAACAGUCAAACCGGCUGCGGUGGAAGGCGAGUUACAGGGUGGCAGUUUCACAAGUUCUCCUGUUGCUGAGGCUGAAGCAAAGGAAAAUGUGAUUGCUACGACCUGGAGGGAUGGGCCGUACUUGCUGGUGGUGUCAAUCCAUCCAAGCAAACAAGAUGUCAACUGGAAUUUAACCUUCAGUGUUAUGAUGAAGGGAACACACGGCUUUCUCUCUGUCACCGAAUGGCCUCUCAUGAUCUUCUACAUGGUGAUGUGUAUGGUGUACAUUUUGUACGCUCUGCUCUGGUUCGUCUGGUCAUCCUGCUACUGGAAAGACCUGCUGAGGAUCCAGUUCUGGAUUGCGGGAGUCAUAUUUUUGGGCAUGAUAGAGAAGGCCGUCUUCUGUGCUGAAUAUCAGAACACUAACAACGUGGGAUCUGCAUCUCAGGGUCUGCUGAUCUUUGCCGAGCUCAUCUCCGCUCUGAAGAGGACUCUGGCCCGUUUGCUCGUCAUCAUCGUCAGUCUGGGCUACGGCAUUGUCAAACCGCGUUUAGGCACCGUCAUGCACAGAGUGGUGGGUCUGGGCGUGCUUUACUUCGCAUUCGCUGCAAUUGAGGGCGUUCUGAGGAUCACUGGGGCUAAAGACUCUGACCUGGCCCUGCUAGCCAACAUUCCCCUGGCUCUGCUUGACUCCUCUCUGUGUUGGUGGAUAUUUGUCAGUCUCGCACAAACCAUUAAGACUCUAAAACUCAGAAGAAACCCAGUGAAGUUGUCUUUGUACAGACACUUCACCAACACGCUCAUCUUUGCUGUUCUCGCCUCCAUCAUUUUCAUGGUUUGGACAACAAAGAAGUUCCGGUUAUCAGACUGCCAGGCGGACUGGAUGGAGCUGUGGGUGGAUGACGCUUUCUGGAGGUUCCUCUUCUCCAUCAUUCUCCUAGUCAUCAUGUUUCUGUGGAGGCCGUCCGCCAACAACCAAAGGUAUGCGUUCACGCCGCUCAUCGAUGACUCGGAUGAUGAGGAGAUUGAAGAGUUCCUGGUGUCUGCAAAUAUUGCUGAUGGGAUAAAGUUGAGGGCAGCUAAGACGGAAACCAAUGGAACAGUGAAGCCUGCAACAGCUAAUCCGGAUGAAGACUUGAAGUGGGUGGAGGAGAAUAUUCCUACCUCUCUUUCUGAUGUAGCUCUUCCUGUUCUUCUCGACUCAGAUGAGGAGAUCAUGACCACCAAGUAUGAGAUGUCUAAAAUGGAGUGAGGUUGAGAAAGUAAACCUCCAGAGAUCAACCAAACCGCUGUUCCUGUAACUGGCAUCUGACCCUCACCAGAGAGCCACAGACUCCGACUGCUUACUUCCUUUGGUCUGAUUGGUUGGCGGCUUUUGGGUACAUUGAAGGAAUCGUGCUGAAGAGGUGGACGCAUUCUAGAUGAUCUAGACGGCGUACUACCUGAACUUUAUGUGAGGUGAUACCUCGUUUUUGUCCUGAACUGUUCAAACGUCCAGAAGACUUUAAAGUCUGUAUAAAGAGAUCACGGUCUAUGUUUCUAAACUGUCAUGAUGACAUACCUGUCGACUAAUCAUAUGCAGCGAUAAUGUGUUAUUCUUAGCACCGUUUUUUGUUUUGUGUGAGCGUCUUUUGAUCUUGAAAAACAUUGAUAAGGAACUUCAAGUUGACCAAAGCGUCUUCUCCGUUUCUUUGGCUGUAUAUAAAGUGUUAUUUCGAACAUUUUGUCUAUAAUUUCAGCACAUGAUGUGAAUAGUAGAAUGUCUGUCAGUGUGCCGGAUUUGUAUUUGUGCAGGGAGUUAUUUAAAUGCGCAGAAUGAUUCUUCAUUUUUCAUAAAUGUUCUGAAUAAUUUUAUGAAGUUGUUUUUGUUUUGCACAGAGCCCAGUUCAACUUUUCACCCGGAAAUGGAAAUUCUCAUUAUUUAUUUGCCCUCAAGUCGUUCCAAACCUGCACACAAAAAGAGGAAAUUUUAGUAGUGCAUAUGACUUGUGCACUAUAUACCAAGUCUUCUGAAAUCACAUGAUAGCACUGUGUGAGGAACAGAGCAAAAUUUAUGCAAUUAUUGGCCAAAAACCUUCGUCUUUGCCGCAUUCUCUUACAACAUGCCAUCUUAAUGUUUUUGUGAAUGAGAUUUGGGAGCAGUGAAUAACGUAUUUUUGUCUGUUUCUCAUACUAACUAUUGUAUGAGUUGGAAUAUAGCACAUGAGUUGUACUUUUUUGAUGCAUUUUUGCGUUUUUAUGAUUCAUUUUUUGAGCUUAAACUGCAGCAUUUGCAUUUCAUGGAAGAAAUAUAGUUAUAGGGUUUGAAACAAGGUGAGGGUGAGUGAAUAUUCCUUUAAAUGCAUUAGUUUUUCUUUUAUUUUUUUGAGGAAAAGCGUAUGCCUCUUUGAUCAACGUGUACAUGCAUACUGAAGCCUUAACACACUUCUGUUCUUGAGUUUUGUUCUGCAGUAUCACAAAAAAAUAAUUUUCGGCCCUGGUCUCGGUUGGACAUUCUGUCUGUUUAACAGAACGUGCUUUACCAUGCUGAACAACGGGAUGACUGUUAAACUUCCGAAAGAUGUCUUUUUAUUUACUUUAUAUGUCCUUGAGACGGAACUAAAUAUGUGAAAACUUCUGAAUUGUGUAUAUUAUAAAGCGCACUUUAAGUGAUUGUGAUUUCUUUUGGUCACGGGAUGCAGUGAUGCGAUUAAUUUAUCUGUAUGAUUCUGACCUUGUCCUUCAUGUGUUACUGUUUUGUUUGCUUCAUAAAAACUCAUUACUUUC